CCAAAACCUCAACCUUUUCCCCCUCCUCACCAUACGUACAAGGCCGUCAAAACCAGUCUUUUCAGUCUGCUACGAAUCGCUGAAGAGCUCGCCGUAACCUGCCGAUAAGCACGCCUGCACCGUGUUUUCCGUCUAGGUUGCUACGACCUUUGAGCCUGUACUCACCGCACCGAAAUCCGUCGACCCGAAUCGUCCACCCCACAUCUCCUACGAACGCUGCGAAUCCUUCCACAGUGACACUAUUUCGUCUAGCCAAAUACACUAUCGAAAUCUCGAUCUUAUUCACAGAAUUGUUAAUUCAGCCUUUCGUCACCGCAAUCGAUACUGCAGCGUCCGUUGCGUGACUUCUAGUCGCACAGACACCUUCGGAACGAGCAAGCUGGAGUGUUAGGUGCAGCGCAGACUAUUAUACAGCUGAAAGCAGGCUUGCAUGUGAGGCGGGCUCUCCGCUUGAGCGAUCUUUGUGAUCAUGAAGAUCAAGAAGCACGCCACUUCUAGACAUGAGGCAACUCUGUCUCCUAUGAUCAAGGACUUUGUAGAGGCGACGUCUAAGAUCCCUUUGUAUCAAUUACCCGCACACCUGUCCUCGUUCCCAAAAUCAUGGCCGUUCCCGCGAGGAGACACAUAUCACUGGAUACCAGUCCUUAAUCGGUUCGACCAGAUUUUGGAACUCUUUAAUAAGGAAUACAGCUUGGAGGAUGGACUGCAGACUCAACCAUUCCGCCGGCGGCUUCUGCUCAAGGGCGACGCUGAGGAAUCAGCCGCCGACCCGGAACAGACGACAACUGAGGCAGUGUUGGACAAGUUACAUUUCUCGCAGGACGGCGAUCGAGAACUCGUCGAACACAUUCUCCAUUUCACCCGAUUGCUCCUAGAGAACUGUGGAAAUCGAAGCCUCUACUCUAGCAGUGACCAGCUGGAUAAGCUGCUCAACACAACGUCGACCUCUCUGUUGAAAGCUACCCUUAGGCUCAGUCUCCGUCUUGCUCAGCGAUACCACGCAGCUCGAAUGCGACUCCCCCCAUCCACACUCAAUUCCAACCUUCUCCAUAGUCACUACAACUUGAAUCUCGAGAAGGUACAGAAGCUCGCUGCUCCUCUGGCUAGAGGCCCUGCACCCGGGGUGCCGAUUUUCGCGACUCCUGUUGGAAAAGGCAAGGAAAAGUCCUUCGGAGAUCGUCGGAACGAGACUGACAAGAUCAACCCUGCCGACCUGGUCUCUUUCUUUCAACUCCCAGAAACAAGCUUGAAGCAAGAAUUUGGAGGCGUUUUCAUAUCCUACUAUGAGCCCUCGCCGACAGCGGACGAAAGCUCAAGCAAGACUCCCGCGGUGUCAGCGCCUACCUCCAAUGAGCCUCCCUCAACACCAACUCCCACACGAAGGACAUCCAAUCUCCGUACAAACCAGACACCUCGGCAGGCUCACACUGUUUCCAUAACCGACUCACCUGUCACGCCAGUAACCCCAAUGUUUGGUGACGAUACAGAGGCUGGCCGUUCCAACGGUCCGAAGACCUUUGACAUGUCUGCAGACCUUAUUGCUCGAACUGAUAUUCAUGAGCUUUUGAAUCAAGGUUUGACCAACUUGCCAGAGAGCGUGCAUUAUGAAUUGUUGCACAAGUUGAGGGUCACCAGAGCUCUGAACACCAGUAGCCAAGGCCGUGAAGACGUCGUUGCUAUUCGGCUCCUUGCUAUCGCAAAUCUUGGUUACGUGCUUGGCGAAAAGGAUUUUUACAGCAAGGUUGGGCAACAGGAUUCUGAUGAACCGCGUCGACUUCAGCUCGCAUAUCAGUUGUCGGAAUUAGUGCACCCGCCAGGUAACGGAGAGAUGCAUCUCUCGAGAGAACUUCAAACAUAUGCUUUAGGCACGCUUGAAUCUUUAGCAAAGCACAAGAACAAGGCUCAGGAUGUUUGCGCCGCCUUGGCUGUCAACGUAAACCACGGUGUACUUUUUUAUAUUGUUCGCAAAGCUGUUGCCGAACUUGGCACUCCUGAAGAGCCUAGCGAUGACCGGCAAGAAGACGAAUGGCGUGAAAGCCUUUUCUCCCUGCUUAAUACUCUUCCAGCUGCCCAGAACCGCACUGGCGAAGGGAUGGUCACUGCUGGACUUCUCGAAAUCCUAGUGGAGGUCUUGACGCUCAGAACCAAGAAAGCCGAACGUGUUCAUCCGAGAGUUCUUCAGUUCCUUGAUACAUUCGUCCAUAACCUUCGUGAUGCUUUCGCAGCCCUUGUCAGCGCGAAAGGACUCGACAUUGUUGCCGAUCUGACAUCUUACGAGGUGGAGACGUCCCAGAAGCUGGCCGAAGAGGGAAAGGGUAUACCGAAAGAGUACAAAACCCAACUCACGGAUUAUCAGAUCCCCUUCCACCAUCAGCAGACACUUCGAUGGCUAUUCAAGUUUCUCAAUCACAUGAUGUCUCACACUGGCGGGAACUUUGAUCGCUUGAUGCGAAACUUGAUUGAUUCUCCUCAACUCCUAGGUGCCCUAAGAGCGGUCCUGUCCAAUGCCACCGUCUUCGGAUCAACUGUUUGGAGUAUGGCUGUCAACAUCUUGACAAAUUUUAUCCACAAUGAGCCCACUAGUUACGCUGUAAUAGCGGAAGCUCGACUUAGCGAGGCUUUCCUAGACACAGUCGCUGCUCAUCCCAGCGCAAUUGCACCAUCACAAACGGAAUCGAGCGAUGCUUCAUUUGCGCCGCCUCGCGAAGUACCGCAGUUGCCAGGCAUUUUACCGGUCGCUGAGGCAAUCUCCACUCUCCCACCUGCAUUUGGAGCUAUUUGUCUGACCGAAGCGGGAAUGAAAGUUUUUCAACAGUCAUCUGCUCUGGACCGCUUCUUUGAGAUUUUUGAGAGCCCGGCACACGUCAAAGCUCUUGAGAGCGAUCCCGAGAUUCCUAGUAUGAUAGGAUCGUCUUUCGAUGAACUGGUUAGGCACCACCCUCAACUAAAAACCAAAGUUCUAUCGGCAUUGAGUGACAUGGUCAAGCGCGUGGUUGUGCUGUGCGCAGCCAAAGCCGAGAGGAGUGGAGUUGGGGCGAAACUCUGGUAUGAGAGCUCUGACGGCAAAAUCAUGGUUGCUGGUGGUCGAGCUUCUUUACUUGGUCCUCAAGGUGCUAUCAGUCAGGCCAUCUCAAGUGCAUCCAGUGGCGGCGAUGUCGAAAUGGAAGAUGCGGGCGAAACGGGUAAUUCCAAACCAACUGACACCAUCUCCAUCGACGAGGUAACCGAAACGGAGGAUGCCGCCAAUGGACCUACUACUGGACAAUACAUUGGCGUUGUUUGUCGUUUCCUCUCGGGGUUCUUUGGCAACCACGCAGCCUGCGUUGCUUAUCUGGAUGCAGAUGGGGUAGAGUCUAUUCUGGAUUUUGCAACCCUUCCCAGUCUCCCCGCACGUUUCAAUGAACCGGGGGCACCCGGGGAGGAAUUCGGUAGAGUCAUUCAGGUUCUCGUGGAACAAAAACCACACAUAACCAUACCGUCCAUUCUUAGGCGAACCCAAGCCGCUUUGGAUUGCCUGGAGCCUUUGAUGCGCCACACUGGAAAGCAUGCCUUUUUCGCGCCCUACACAGAAGUCGCCUCAACCACGACGGGUUCUGCGGAUGAGCGAGCAGUCCGCCAAGGUACUGAUCAUGUCAAAUCUCUUAUUACCUUGCAAACCCUCAUUGUUGCACUUACCAUGACCUUUGAUGGGCAGAUGUUCACUCAUCGUUCUAGCCAUAACGUUGCUAGUCUAGUCAAUCUCGCAGACAUGUACGCAAAAGUUGUCUAUAGUCUCGGCCGGCUACAUAGAAGCUGCGUUUGGGAAGAGAUCUUAUUACAGAAGACGAUGCCUGCGGAAUGGGAGAAAGAGACGCGCAUCAAGAGCUCAAGUCAAGGGAACAUGGUGGCAGAUGAUAUUCUUCGCCUGAACAGCAAUGAUCGAACAUCAGCGGAGACCGAUAAUACCGCCAGCAAUAAUGCUGGAGAGUCUGCUUCUGGCACCACUGAUAAUGCAACCAACACCGCACGUUUGAGCCAGGAAAGUGCGCGCUUUAAAAACACCCAGACUUUGCGUUAUCUGCUCAGCAAAGUACCAGCCGGCAUAUCGCCCUUCUUUCGAUCCCUCGGCAAGCUACUUCUGCCACGACGUAACCCUGAAACCUAUCAUCGGCAGUGUGCCACUAUCGUCUCAGAUCAACUCGCGCAGGCUGCCAUUGAUCAAUUACAAUUCGAAGGUCCCAAGCAAUCCGACUCAGAUCAAGAUCGAUAUGCUUACUGGAUCGUCAUCUUAACUUCCAUUUCUCAGCUCGUGAUUGAUAAUAGCAUGAAUCAUCCGACACCUCAUACCCUGACAUUGAUCUUGGUUUCUUUCCGCAACCUGGGAGGCAUGUCUGUUCUCGCAGAGAUCCUGGAUGCCUUCUACCAAUCUGCUCUUCCGAUCGUGCAAUCUAAGAAUGAAGAAACCAACGAGGAGCUACAGAGACUGCUGAAUCUCUCUCUUGGUGGGAUCAAGAUUGUUUUGACACUCUACGGCCAGAUCAUAAAUCCGAAGAUUGUGAAUGAGUCCAGCCAGACUACCGCUAUGCAGUCUAGACCAGAGAGGGAUAGGGAUCGAGCCGACUACUUCAACACAGCGCAGUUUCUCGUGGAAAUGAAGCAUGCGGUCACCAUCCAGGUACACAAAAUCUGGAAUUCGGAGCUCAUCGAUAAGGCUACAACAUCCAUUGUAAAGACUUCUAUCAGCAUCCUCAAAACUGUUCUAGAUGGUGAGACCGAGCAUGGAGCUUUUAAGAAUGCGGAUAGCAUCCCUCCGCGAGCCAAGCCAGUUAUCAGGCCUUGGAAGGCUCGCAACGCCGAACUUUUGUCACGUUUGAAGGAUUCCCAUUUCGACAAGGACCUCGCCGUAGAAGCACUGUAUCGUUGCUGUGAUAAUUACAACACUGCAGUCGAAUACUGCCAGAACGUGAUAAACCAUCCUCGGGCGCCUCGAAAUCCACUGCCCUCCUACGAGACCGAACUACAAUCCCUAUCAUACGUCUCUCCAAGCAGUGCCGCAGCAACAAAUCUUGAUCACGAUGAUGAUGCCAGUGGAGCAGAUAGCGACUCAGACGAAAGCAAUGAUACUGACGGGCCUGACUCUCAGUCUGUCGACAUGGUAGACGCGGAACAGCCUGAGGCUACACCGGCAGUGCAGCCUUCAAAUGCAGAACCGCCAGCUACGCAGUCGUCUGACUUGACUUGGUCCUUCCUUGCCUACCGCAGGAGGGUGCAGGCUGGGAGUGUGGCAGAAACUGUUGCCCUCGAUGAUCUCGACAACGAACGGUCGAACCUCCGCAAGAACCUCAUUGACCGAUCCCUUGACGUCCUGAACUCUCACGACGAUGUCACCUUUGAGCUUGCAGACUUGAUUACAGCAGCCAUCACCAAGGCACCAGACACAUCCGCAAUGCGCGCGGAAAUUGGAUCUACACUCAUUCAGUCACUUAUAUCUCUACAAAUGAGCGACGACUUCCGCGAUCAAGGCAAGAGGAUUGCAGCUUCUGCUCACCUCUUGGCACUAGUAAUACAAGACAAGGAUCUAUACGAAGCUGUCGUGGAGGAGCUCAAGGAUAGUUUUGAGAUGCUUCUUGGGUUUGUGAAGAUCUUCCCCGACCAUUCCUCGGAAGAAACCUCCCCGUGGAUUGGCCAGGUCCUCUUAAUAGUAGAGCGCCUCCUUGCCGAAGAUCAGCUUCCUCACCAAAUCCAAUGGACUGCACCAACCGGCAAUGAAAUUGACGCGACAUCCGUUGAGCAACCACCUGAGCCAAUCAUCUCUCUGGAUCAGAAGACUCAGCUUUUCGACAAGAUAAUGGAGGUUCUUCCACGGAUUGGAAAGGAUGAGUCACUUGCUCUCUCUGUUACGCGUGUCCUCGUCAUGCUCACACGCACACGAAAGAUAGCUACUCGGUUAUCAGAGAGGCGCCAUAUUCAGCGACUAUUCCUUAUGGUGAAGCAACUCUCUGGGGUCACAAACGAAGCCCUUAGAAGUGCCUUCAUGAUUGUCCUGAGACACAUCAUCGAGGAUGAGUCUAUUAUUCGACAGAUCAUGCGCAGUGAAAUACAGGCUAUGUUUGAGCAGCGCGACCGAAGACAGACUGAUACUACCGGUUACACGCGACAGAUGUACUAUCUAGCUCUACGAGACCCGGAUAUUUUUGUGGAAAUCACCCAGGAGAAGCUCCAGUUAGCCCGCUAUGAUGCUAAUCAGCGGCCUCAAACACUUGUGUUGAAGAAAGACGAUGCUCCAGACGCUGACUCCGGAGACACCACAUCACAAGAUGUAGCAGAUAGUGACAAGCCCCUCGAAACCAGCGAGCCAAAGAGAGGACAUGUUCUUGAGCGAACGAAAACAUCCGAUCUCAAGCAUCCUACUGUAGAAAAUCCUGAUGGAGUUAUCCACUACCUAUUGUGUGAGUUACUCGCAUACAAGGAGGUAGAGGACAAGCCCGAGCCACCGAAGACGAAUGAGGAUACCACCGCUAGCCCCGCCGAAGCAUCUCCUGGCUCUUCUGGAACCCCGGCCGGACAGCCCACGACCACUGAACCAGCUAAAUCCGACAAGUCUGAGUUCAAGGCGGAUGCGCAUCCCAUUUACAUCUACCGUUGUUUUAUCCUGAAAUGCUUGGCCGAGCUCCUGCAGAGUUACAACAGGACGAAGAUUGAGUUUAUCAACUUUUCUCGUAAAGCUGAUCCGCAUGCCAUGACCCCUUCAAAGCCCAGGUCAGGGGUGCUCAAUUACUUACUCAAUGCAUUGGUCCCCGUCGGUACACUCAGUCCGGAAGGCGACUUGCCGUUCAAGAAGAAGGUGGCCACAUCCAAUUGCGCAAUCGAUGUUAUUGUUUCUCUAUGCGCCAAGACGGGCGAAUUCAGGCCCUCCGUGAGCAAUCACAUCACAUCUCCAUACCUUGAAACUGAACCCGAUCUUCUGUUUGUUCGGAAAUUUGUUCUGGAGCAUGCUCUUAAGGCUUUUAAGGAUGCCAGCGGGUCCGAUGAGUCAUUGGACUCUAAGUAUUCGCGCCUGCUCAGCAUCGCGGAUAUGUUCUCCCGAAUGGUUUCCCAGCGCUCGGAUGGUCAGAUGCUCAGCCAGAGUGCCGAGUUGACACCUCCUUUGAAACAGAUGGCAAAGAUCAUGUACGAAAAGAAUUUCAUUACCAUUCUCACCACUGCUAUUGCGGAUAUCGACCUCAACUUUCCGAACGCAAAGCGCGCCGUCAAAUACAUUUUGAAGCCUCUGAAAUGGUUAUGCGCCGUCGCUGUGGAUCUAAGCACACAAUAUGACACGUCCACGCCUGAUUCUACCGAGGAAUACGAAAUCUCUUCUGCUUCGGACGAUGAUAUCAUUGAUGCAACUCGUGAAGAGACGCCUGAUCUGUUCCGCAACUCCACAUUGGGCAUGUACGAACCUCCUCAGGACUAUGACGAUGAGUCGGAUGCAUCCGACGACGAGGAGGAGGAUCCUUAUGCUGACGAUAUGGAAUACGAUGAAGACAUGGGUUACGACGAAGACAUGGCGGACGAAGACGUAGUCUCUGAAGAAGACGAAGAGAUGGACAUGGGCGAUCUGGAGGGUAUGGGUCCCAUUGAGGGCAUGCCUGGAGAUAUUGGGGACGUCGAGAUAGUCGUCGAGGGUGAAGAUGAGGACAUGCUCUCAGAGGACGACGACGACGAGGACGAGGACGAUGAUGAAGAUGAGGACGAUGACGAAGAAGACGAGGAUGACGAUGACGAUGAUUUGGACGAUCUUCAGGCACUCGAGGAGUUAGAAGAGAUCAUCGGCGAUGACGAGGGGGCGAGCCUUGCCGAUGAUCAUGAGGGAAGCUGGAGUGCCGAGGAGGCUGUCUACGCUGCCGAAGACGAAGAGAAUCCAGAUGAUAUCCACCCCAAUCUUGGCUUCGUCCUAGACCCACCUCAAGCUAUGCUUGAUCAGAUACGCAUGGCUGAGAUGGAUGAGUUUAUGGAAGACGACAUGCAGGAGGACGAAGAAGAAGAGGAUGAGGAUGACUACGAUGAGGAGGAGAUCGUCUAUCAUCCAGGCCUCGAGGAUGAUGAUGAAGGGAUGGCUGAAAUGGGCUGGAGUGGCUGGGACGAACCGGUUACGGCCACCCGGCGUACUGUUCAUCGUUUGAGCCCAUGGAUGUUUCCUACAGGACCGUCUGACCGCAUACUUGUCCCCGCCUUCCGCUCACAUAGACCUGGUGCCGGUCCUCGGAUGGCUGAUGAGGGCGUCAACCCUCUCCUUCAGCGCGCUGGUCGUUCUUCGGGACGUGCUACAGACGCUCAUCUCACUGGUUUCCGUAACGAAGGCAGCGAUUGGGUCCAUGCCAUUGAAGGGCGCGGACCACGCACGUUCUCCGGUGACAGCCCGGUCUCCUUCAUCAACAAUUUGCUCAAUACUAUGGCCCAAGGAGGCGCGCCCACACUUCAGCAACACAACGGCACUUUCCAUCUUUCAUUCAAUAAUAUGCCUUUGGGCAUGGGUCUACCUCCGCCUUUCGAUCCCUCCAUUCGUCGCGAUGUGCCACGGGCGCGAGAUAAUAUGUCGCGUUCUCCCCGUGAAGACCCCCAAUCUGCGAUAGCGUUCCACAAGGGAUUCACAAGCUCUCGCUGGCAGGAAGAAGCGCGCAUUUUCUAUGGUGCUAGUGCCAUUGAAAAGAGUCAACGUGUCAUUAGUUCCAUCCUGAGACGUCUGGUCCCCCCAGCCAUCGAGGCAGCGAGAAUUAGACAAGCCGAAAAAGAAGCCGAGCUCGAGCGUAAGCGGAAAGAAGAGCAGGAACGUAAAGAAAAGAAGGAGCGGGAGGAGCGGGAAGCGAGGGAGGCUAAAGAACGUGAAGAGCGCGAGCAGCAAGAGCGUGAGGCUGCUGAACUUGCAGCCCGUGCUGCUGAGACCAGCGCCGAAGCCGAACAUGAGACCUCUGAAUCCACAGCGAACAAAGCGGAGGGCAUGGAAGGUGUCGAAGAGGCGCCAUCCUCAAAUCAAGCUUCUGCCCCUGGUCCAUCGGAGGCGGCUCCUCGCGUGACGACAAAUGUUCGUGGUCGAGAGAUCGACAUUACCAAUCUAGGUAUUGAUCUGGAGUACCUCGAGGCCUUACCUGAAGAACUACGAGAGGAAGUCCUCAUGCAACAAAUCGCGGAGAGCCGCGCUCGACAGCACGAAACCGAGCAGACCGAAGCCGAUCCGACUGGUCUCGACCAGGACUUUCUCGAUGCCUUGCCACCCGAAAUUCGUGAGGAACUACUCCAACAAGAGGCGCAAGAGCAUCGUCGCCGCGAACGAGAAGAACAACGCCGUCGCCAGGCCAAUGGCGCUGCGCAGCCCGAAGACAUGGAUCCUGCGAGUUUCCUGGCAUCUCUCGAUCCCCAGCUACGACAAGCAGUCCUUAUGGAUCAGGAUGAAGAUGUACUGAGACAGUUGCCGCCUGAAAUUUCUGCAGAAGCCAGGUCGUAUGGCGGUGACCGCCGCUUGAAUCAGUUUAACGACUUCAUACAGCCCGGAUAUCGGCGCGGCGGCGAGCGCCGUGCACAACUAGACGACCCUAAUCAGAAAAAGAAAGCUCGCCCUUGUGUGCAGAUGUUAGAUAAGUCUGGAGUAGCGACACUCCUUCGACUCAUGUUCAUCCCUCAACAAGGCAGCGCCAAGGCAAGCUUGAGUCACAUUCUGCGAAAUGUUUGCGAAAACCGACAGAAUCGCGCUGAAGUGAUCAGCAUUCUGCUUUCUAUUCUUCAGGAUGGCAGUGCGGACGUCAAUGCCGUAGAGCGCAGCUUCGCUCAGCUCUCUCUCCGCGCCAAACAACCUCCUCAACAGCAAGGUGCAGACAAAACACCGAAACUUUCACGGAAGAGCGGUUCCUUGGCGAUCACUGCGGAAGUGUCCCCUCUGAUGGUUGUGCAGCAAUGUCUUCACACACUUUUCAAUCUCACAGAAAAGAAUCCUGCCGUGUGGUCGUUCUUCCUCACGGAGCAUGAGACAAUCGUCGGAUUUAAGAAUCGUGGAAACCGAAAGGGAAAAGCAAAGGAGAAUAAAGCAACCAGAUACCCAUUGAAUGCUCUCCUUGGCCUACUGGACCGAAAAUUGAUAAUAGAAAGUUCUUCCAUUAUGGAGCAACUGACCACGCUGCUACAUGUCAUCACUGGACCUCUUCAGGCCAUCAAGAAGGAAAAAGAGAAAGCCGCAGAAGAGGCAAACAAGCCCUCCAACACUGCCGAUGCUCAGACUACCGAAACGCAGCAGCGGGCUCAGGAUACAGAGAUGACCAGUGGACCCGAGGUACAAGCACAAGCACAACCACAGCAAUCCACGACCGAAGGCGAAGGCAGUGAUCCGAAGACGGAUGACAAAAAGCCUGAGGAUGACAAAGCGAAGAAGCAUCGCACGCUUGUGCCACCCGAGGUGCCAGACGGUAAUCUACGCCUUGUUGCGAGAAUCUUGGCAGCGCGAGAAUGCAAUGCCAAAGUGUUCCAGGAAACCUUGUCGGUUAUUAGCAAUCUGUCUCCUAUUCCUGGUGCAAAGGAGGUGUUCGGCAAAGAGCUACUCGGCAUAGCACAAGAUCUAGCUCAAUCAGCAUUGAACGACCUUGCCACUCUUACUAUUCAGGUGUCCCAGGCAAAGAACCCGACUGAUGUCCAAGGCAUGGCUUUAUCAAAAUUCUCCCCCGCGAGCUCCGACCAAGCCAAACUGUUGCGCGCGCUCACCGCACUCGACUAUCUAUUCGAUCCUACUCGCGACAGCAAGGACAAACCGGCCAAUAGCGCCGAAGCUCUCGAGCCUGCGCAGAAGGAGGAUAUUCUACUUACUCUUUACGAGAACUCCACAUUCGGCGGGCUAUGGAGCAAGCUGAGCGACUGCCUUACUGUCAUCCGACAACGCGGUAAUAUGUUGAACAUUGCAACCAUCCUCCUGCCUCUCAUUGAAGCUCUUAUGGUCGUCUGCAAGAACACUACUCUCAAGGAUAUACCUCUUAGCAAGAUCGUAAACAAAGAGUUCGCACUUUCAAGCCCUCCACCAGAGAGCCGCAUGGAGAGCUUGUUCUUCACAUUCACAGAGGAUCAUCGGAAGAUUCUGAACGAUUUGGUCCGCCAGAACCCCAAGCUCAUGUCUGGGACAUUCUCUCUCCUCGUCAAGAAUUCAAAGGUGCUUGAAUUCGACAACAAGCGCAAUUAUUUCAACCGCAAACUCCAUUCACGAAACAAUCAAGAUCGACAGCAACCGCCCCUGCAGUUGUCCGUUCGUCGUGAUCAGGUCUUCCUUGACUCGUUCAAAUCACUCUAUUUUAAGACUGCGGAUGAAAUGAAGUAUGGCAAGCUCAGCAUCCGCUUCCACGGCGAGGAAGGAGUAGAUGCAGGCGGUGUCACACGAGAAUGGUUCCAAGUUAUUGCAAGGCAAAUGUUCAAUGCAGACUAUGCCUUGUUCGUGCCAGUUGCAUCAGACCGCACAACAUUCCAUCCCAACCGCCUCAGCGCCAUCAAUCCAGAGCAUCUAAUGUUCUUCAAGUUCAUUGGACGUAUCAUUGGCAAGGCUCUCUACGAAGGUCGUGUUCUGGACUGCCAUUUCAGCAGGGCUGUAUACAAGCGCAUCCUCGGCCGACCAGUCAAUCUCAAAGACAUGGAAACUUUGGACUUGGAAUACCACAAGUCUCUGCAAUGGAUGCUUGAGAAUGACAUCACUGAUAUCAUCACCGAGAUGUUUUCCGUCGAUGUCGAGGCGUUCGGAGAGGUCCAGACUGUCGAUCUCAUCGAGAACGGUAGCAAUGUUCCCGUGACUGAAGAGAAUAAGCAUGAGUAUGUCCGUCUUGUGACUGAGCACCGCUUAACCGGGGCGGUUCAGGAGCAACUCGAGCAUUUCCUCAAGGGUUUCCACGACAUUGUGCCCGCUGAACUAGUCUCGAUCUUCAGCGAACAAGAGCUCGAAUUGCUGAUCUCUGGUCUGCCUGACAUUGAUGUCGAUGACUGGAAAAACAAUACCGAGUAUCACAACUACACCGCCGCUUCGCCUCAGAUACAGUGGUUUUGGCGCGCCAUGCGCUCAUUUGACAAAGAAGAACGCGCUAAACUUCUGCAAUUCGUCACCGGUACAAGUAAGGUGCCACUGAACGGCUUCAAGGAACUGGAGGGCAUGAAUGGCUUCUCGAGGUUCAAUAUCCAUCGGGAUUACGGCAGCAAAGACCGUCUACCCUCGAGUCACACUUGCUUCAAUCAGCUCGAUCUACCAGAGUACGAAAAUUACGAAGAUCUUCGCAAACAACUUUACACCGCGAUGACGGCCGGCAGCGAGUACUUCGGUUUCGCAUAAUUCAAAUCAUAAGCAAUCUUGGAAUCUUCAUCGUCUGUGAAAUUUUGCUCUCGCUCAAUGCAUUGCAGGCGCUCAGGGAAGGUUUCUUGGUGAAGCAUCGUGAGAAGCUGAUGGCAGCUCUGUAUAUCAGAAGGGAAGGUUUACCAACGGUGAAAUCAAACAUGCACAAAUGGGUUGGAGGCUGGUGGUCCAUAUGGCGUUGGGGACUGCAUGGUAGAAGGAACAGCAAUGGAAAUAGCAAGGAUGACACCCUCGGAAUGGUUCAAGGUGCCAGGAGUGCAGGCCUGGCCUCCUAUUUUCCUCCCGUGGGUAGUAGUUCCUUUGCUACGACGUAGAUAGAUACCAUUCUCUCCUUUCCCUAUCCCCCGAAACAUCGAUAGGUGAAGGUCAAUUUUAGUUAUGUGUACUAGACCAAAGGAAUGAAUUAUGAG